CUCAGAUAAAUCUUGCACACCUUGGCCGGUAUCAGAGGAGGAAAAGAAACGGGAGCCAUUUCGACGGGGUUUACCUCCCAAUCGGUUCAAACAUAUGUUCCAUGGAUGUGACUGAGUUAACAAGGAGAGGGAAACAUGGAAAAUUUCAAAGAAGACGGUGAGACCGUCAAGGAUGUGCGCUCUCGAGGACUGGGGGUUAGGCAUUGUCAAUGCAUCAUGCUUUCCCUGGGGUAUGCAAUCGCCUAUAUGAUUAGAACCUGUCUCUCGCUGAUAGUUGUCGGGAUCCGAGAAGAGCAAAAAAAUACCUACCGAAUUUUCGACACCCGUUUAUCUGAAGCGGACAUAUAUUUUGGGUUCCAGACUACGAGUGGAGUAAAAUCGGCAUUACCAUACAUCGCACUGAGUCUUUUGACGCUACCAUCAAGUUAUCUCUCAGAAUGGAGUGAGAAGAGGGGAUUAUCACGUGGACUAGUCCGCAAAAUUUGGAAUACAAUUGGCCAGUGGGGAACUGGACUUGCAGUUCUUGGUAUCUCCUUUGUAUCAUCUAGUAAUACGACACUAGCCGUGGUACUGUUGGUCGUCUGUGUUUCGUUUGACGCGGCGAGUAAUUGUGCCUAUCUAAUUAAUCAUAUGGAUCUGAGUCCCAGAUAUGCGGGAGUGUUGGUGGCUAUUACGAGGACAGCUGCGAUGGUCGUUUCUGUACUGGCGCCUCUGAUUGUAGGAUUGAUUGUCACCGAUUUGUCAAAUGUUGCUCAGUGGCAAACAGUCUUCUUCAUAACAGCAGGAAUUUAUUUCCUGGGGAAUAUAAUAUUCAUUUUAUUCGGAAGUGCUGAGACCCAAUCCUGGGAUUCAUGAAGGUUUUCAGACCUGAUUUGUACCCGUGGAACAGCCUCACACUACCCCCACUCUUCAUCAUUUUGAGGUAGUGUGCGUGCGCAGCCGGACCUUUUUUAUGGCACUCUAAUACGUCGAGAGCUUCCUACUCCUCUCACACCGAUAUGUCGAUGGUCAAUUGUUGGUCGAUCGAUGAUCGAUCAAUCGAACCGUGAUCGACUGGCACUCGACUGCAUGAAUAACUCGAAUCCCCUAUCGAGAGAUCCGUCAGGGAAAAUAAUCAAAUAAUAUAGAACAAUGUUUUUUCCUUCUUCUUGUAUUUUUGACCAGUUAAAAGGUAACGUUGGCGGAUCUUUCGAUAGGGUGGGUCAAAUAGUCCAACCAGUUAAGUUCCAGUAGAUGGCCGUUCAAUCGGGAUUGAUGGAUCGACUGUCCAUCGAUUACGCACAAUCGCCAACGAUCAUCAAUAAUCAACGGCAACAAUCUGUCAUCAACCGAGUGAAUAAGUCUGUUGACCAUCUAUCAAAUUUCAUCCAUUUCCGAACAAAUAGAUAGCAAUUCAUUUUUUGCAAAUUAUGUAAAAAUGUUAAACCUGAAUAAAAAUAUUUCUUACAUUGGUCUAUAA